CUGCGCAAGGCGCAUGGCCUCUUAUCCAUAUCUACUUCAUUUCACCGGUUCCACUAUGCUAUCUCCUUGUUGCCACUGAAUUCCGAGUCUGCCCCAAUAGCAGAACUCGUUCGAAUUAACAUGGCCUUCACUUCCACUCUCACCGCUACUUCUUCAACCUCUCCUCUCUCCUCCAAACCACUUUCCCUUCCCCCAUUCACGCAUCAAGUUUCUUUCCCCUUUACCCUCAAACCCUUCAAAUCCCUCUUUUCUCCCGACGGAAUCGGCCCUGCUUUGGGUCUCGGAUUGUCCGUGAAAGCCCAAACUCUUGAAUUCUCAGGUUCCUUCUUCGAAGGUGGGUUAGGAACUGAGGAUGAACCGCCUGCCCCUCCAGGAACAGGAUUCGCCGCUGCCCUCGAAGAUAAGGAGGAGCCUCAGUGCCCUCCUGGACUUCGAAAGUACGAGACUAUGGUCGUUCUGAGGCCCGACAUGUCUGAAGACGAGAGACUCGCUUUCACCGAGAAAUACGAAGAGUUGCUUGUUGCUGGGGGUGCCAUGUAUGUUGAAGUAUUCCACAAAGGGCUCAUUCCACUAGCAUAUAGCAUCAAGAAGAAAAACAAAGCUGGUGAAACUAACACUUACUUGGAUGGCAUCAAUCUCCUCUUCACCUACUUCACAAAACCUGAAUCAAUGGGAAUUCUCGAGGCAACACUUCAAGCAGAUGACAAUGUCGUUCGAUCAAUGAGUUUCAAGGUAAGGAAACGAAAAUACUAAGUAUGCCUUAGCCUAAAUAUCUUGGUCUUUCACAUUAUCUUUUGGACAAAUUUUAUUCAAAGCAAUGGAAAAAGAUGUGUAGUUGCAAUUUGUGCUUUUCCUUUUCAAAAUGAGUGCUGCUAUUGUGACAACUCUGGCCAUUUAGGCUUUAUCCAUAACCAUCUGAUUGCUGUUCUUUUCAUCACAGCCUUCCAAUGGAAGUGCUAUUUGAAGUUGGAAACAAGUUGGAUAAAGAAAAAAAGGAAUUGUAGAUUA